AUGUCAGCUUUUCACGGAUUUCCUGAGCUUCCAGGGCCAGAGGAAAUCCCAUUUUGUAAGUUAAAUGAAGUUUACUGCUGUGCAAAUUCUCGUUACGGCAAUAUAUCAACAUUUACAAACUCGACGAAAAGCCAUCCCGUAAUCAAUGUAACACGAGACAUACAUCAUCACAGGACGACUGAUGAGAAUAUUUCUAUGUACAUUGACGUUGAGGAUAACUUACUCAAAAAAAUUACAAGUGUGUGGUACAAGCAGGGGUUUUUGGAGGCUCUGGCAGUCGCUGCUGAUCCCUCAGUGAACCGCGAGAGCCAGGCCCUCGCCUACGCCGCUUCAUAUGUGUUAAAAGUCGCUAACGUGUUCUCGGCGUUUAGAUACUUCUUGCAGCCACAUUUGAAGGAUAUUGGGCCGAAAAUCGUUGCUAAUUACUCAAGGACUAGGAACUGGGGUAAUGCACCUAUAAAAUGUAUAGCUUGGCAUCCUCAUACUACUAAGAUGGCUGUGGCAACAGUAGAUGACAAUGUGAGGAUAUAUUGUUCUGAAGUGGCAUUUGUGUCCACAUUGAAAUGUAAAGCACAAGGACAUGUUUCGUCUUUGAGUUGGAGACCGUUCUCAGCUUCUGAGCUAGCUGUGGGAUGUGAACAGGGAGUCAUAGUGUGGACUGUAGACCCCAAUUCCAUGUUUACUAAGCCGUCUUCCAGCAAUGCAGUAGUUUUGAAAAGGCCCGGCCACAGUCCAGUGACAGAUGUGAGCUGGUCUCCAAAUGGUGAUUUACUAAUCAGCUGUUCUGGAGCAGACACUUCCAUGCUAAUAUGGGAUGUUUCCAUGGAAACCGCAGUACCACUUCGAAGAGUUGCAGGGGGAGGCAUCAUCUUCGCGCGCUGGUCAUUUGAUGCUAGCAAAGUAUUCGCGGCUACCUCUUCUAUUAUAUUUAGAGUAUGGGACACAAAACGUUGGAAACCAGAUCGCUGGUGUGCGCGCGGUAACCACGUGGUGGCUGCGUGCUGGGGACCCGCAGACAUCCUGCUGUUUGCUGCCAAAGGGGAGCCUAUGGUGUAUGCACUCACCAACACUGGGCUUAUGAGUGGAUCUCAAACCAGCAAAGCUCUACCAGUCCUCGACGUGACGAAGGUGGAGCUACCUUCAGGAGACACAGUGGGAGGACCAAUACUGGACAUGUGUUGGGAUCCCACUGGCAAAUACCUGGCCAUCCUGUUUGAGGAGUCUCAUCUAGUCACUGUCUUCUGCACCACAAGGCUCAUGUUACAGCUCAAGAUUACACCCUGUUGUUUCGUCUGCGGCAUGGACGUGGAAGUUCCUUCAACCAUAGCGUUUCAACAGAACUUCGUUGAGGGAGCCUGUCUUACCAUCGCCUGGUCCAGUGGAAGAGUGCAGCACUUUCCCAUCAUAUAUACUGAUACAUAUUGA